AUGUCGAAACGCGACGUCGUCCUCACCAAUGUCACCGUUGUCCAGCUGCUGCGACAGCCGUGCCCCGUGGCCAGACCACCACCCCCGCCACCACCUCCGCCACCACCCAAAGUUGAGUCACCGCCGCCAUCACCACCACCACAGCCUAUCAAGGAGGAAGUCCCACCUCCUCCGCCUCCUCCACCUAAGAAGGUUCCUCCGAGUCCCGAACUGACUGUUGGCAUCAAUGGAUUUGGACGCAUCGGUCGCCUGGUGCUGCGAGCCUGUGUGGAGAAAGGCAUUAAGGUGGUGGCAGUCAACGAUCCAUUCAUUGACCCAGAAUACAUGGCGUACAUGUUUAAGUACGACUCCACCCACGGCCGAUACAAGGGGACUGUGGAGCACAGGAGCGGACGGCUGAUUGUGAAUAACCAGGAGAUCAGUGUCUUCCAGUGCAAGCAGCCCAAAGAUAUACCCUGGAAGUCUGUCGGGAGCCCCUUUGUGGUAGAGUCCACAGGCAUGUACCUGUCCUUGGAGGCAUCUUACAGCCACAUCGAGGCAGGUGCCUCACGUGUGGUCAUCUCCGCACCCUCACCAGAUGCACCUAUGUUUGUCAUGGGGGUGAAUGAAAAGGAAUAUAACCCUAGCUCCAUGAAAAUUGUCAGCAAUGCAUCCUGCACCACCAACUGCCUCGCCCCCCUUGCCAAGGUCAUUCAUGAGCGAUUUGGGAUCGUGGAAGGACUGAUGACCACAGUCCACUCCUACACGGCCACCCAGAAGACAGUGGACGGGCCAUCAAAGAAGGCCUGGCGAGAUGGACGAGGAGCCCACCAGAACAUCAUCCCAGCCUCUACAGGGGCUGCCAAGGCCGUGGGCAAAGUCAUUCCAGACCUCAAAGGGAAGCUAACAGGAAUGGCGUUCCGGGUGCCAACCCCAGACGUGUCUGUCGUGGACCUGACCUGCCGCCUGGCCCAGUCCACCCCCUACUCGGCCAUCCAGGAUGCCAUAAAAGCAGCAGCCAAGGGACCCAUGGCUGGCAUCCUUGCCUACACCGAGGAUGAGGUUGUCUCUACGGACUUUAUCGGCGAUACCCACUCGUCCAUCUUUGAUGCUAAAGCUGGCAUCGCGCUCAACGACAAUUUCGUGAAGCUCAUUUCCUGGUACGACAACGAAUACGCCUACAGCCACCGGGUGGUGGACCUCCUCCGCUACAUGUUUAGCCGAGAGAAGUGAAGUGGGAGAGCCCCUCCUCUGCUUCCCUGAGCUCCCAGUCCAGAACCAUUCCAUCCCUCGGCUCCCCAGGGGAAGUAGGGCGCCCUGCGCGAGAGACUCGCGCCGCUGGGCCACCAGAAAUAAAAACAGAGCGCUCACAGCUGCGCCCCGUGUUU